AUGGCUUCAGGUCUAGCUCCCCGACUGCUUGCCUCCUCUUCCCGCUUUUUAUCCUGCCCAAAAGCUCGACCAAUCGUUUCCAUACGGCUCUUUACCUCAACUCGUGCUUCCUCAUCAGCCCAAUCCACUCCCGACUCAUAUAUCAUCAACGGUGUAACAUAUCCCAAAGAUACUUAUUCGAAUAUACCUUCAUCCAUCUUAGAUAAAUUAGAUCGAAAUCUACAUCUGAAACCAUCACAUCCUAUAUCGAUAUUACGACAGAUUGUUGAAGAUCAUUUUUCAUCUUAUACACCAUUAGUACCUUCCUCAGCUAUAGUUUCGGUCGAUCAAAAUUUCGAUGAAUUGGGUUUCCCACCUGAUCAUCCUGGUAGAAGUCUAACCGAUUCAUAUUAUUUGAACAAUGAAUACAUGUUGAGAACACAUACUUCUGCACAUGAAGUUGAAAGUUACAGAAAAGGUUUAGAUAAAUGGCUGUUAUCAGCAGACGUCUAUCGUAGAGAUGAAAUUGAUUCUUCACAUUAUCCAAUAUUUCAUCAGAUGGAAGGCACACAUAUCUGGUCAAAUUCAGAUCUUCAUCUACUCCCCAAAUUGAAUGAAGAAUUAGAGAAAAAAAUAUCAAAUUAUAAUAUUGCAAUAGAAGAUGAAACUUUUAUAUCAUCAUCAAAUCCAUUUCAAUCGCAUCAUGAUCCUAUACACGCUGAACAGAUAACGAAACAUCUAAAACAUUCAUUGAAUAGUUUGAUAUUUAGAUUAUUCGGCCAUCAAGCUAAUCAAAAAGGUGGUGAACCAUUAAAAGUUAGAUGGAUAGAAGCUUAUUUCCCUUUUACAACUCCGAGUUAUGAAGUGGAAGUGUUCUGGCAAGGUGAAUGGUUGGAAUUAUUAGGCUGUGGUGUCGUCAUGCAAAAGACAUUGGAUCAGUCUGGCGUUUCAGAUAAAUCAGGCUGGGCGUUCGGAUUGGGAUUAGAAAGAUUAUCAAUGGUGCUAUUCUCCAUACCUGACAUUCGAUUAUUCUGGACAUCCGAUCCUAGAUUCUCCUCACAAUUCAAACAAGGUCAAAUAACGACAUUCAACUCGUAUAGUAAAUAUCCACCUUGUUAUAAAGACAUGUCAUUUUGGCUACCUCCUGCCUCCACAAAUUCAUCGAGCGAUCAACAUGGUGCAUCCGCUGCUGGGGGAAAAAUAUCGUCACCCACCCACAUGAAACCAUUUCAUGAGAACGAUUAUUGUGAGAUCGUAAGGGACGUAGCUGGUGAUCUAAUCGAAAGCGUCACUCUGAUCGACGACUUCACACACCCUAAAACCAAUAGGCAAAGUAAAUGCUACAGACUAAACUACAGACAUAUGGACAGGAAUUUAUCAAACGACGAAGUGAAUGAAUUACAGAACAUAGUCCAAAAGAGGGUAGUGGGAGAAAUGGGUAUCGAGAUGAGAUAG